GUUUGGGCUCACCAGACGCGGUUUCUAAUAUUUCUCUUAGUAGGCCUUGGCCCAGAAACUACGAAAUUUGAGCCCAAUUAUUAAACAAGAUUCUAGAAGAAUUCGGUCGGUCACAUAAAAAAAACAGUAAUAUAAAAACGGAAGAAGGAAGGAGCAGAGAGAAGAAGUUUGGGAUUUUAUUCGUUAUUAGUGUGGUAAGAAAGAAAACCCUAAACCACCGGAAAUCGAUUUGUUUGGAAGAUGGAUAUCGAGCAGAAGCAAGCCGAGAUCAUUGAUCAGCUCGUGAAGCGAGCUUCUACUUGCAAAUCCGAGGCUCUGGGCCCGCUCAUCAUCGAAGCCACAUCGCAUCCUUCUCUCUUCGCCUUCUCCGAGAUUUUGGCUCUACCCAAUGUUGCCCAGCUUGAAGGAACCACAGAUUCUGUGUACCUGGAUCUACUACGCUUGUUUGCCCAUGGCACCUGGGGAGACUACAAAUGCAAUGCCACCCGUCUUCCGCACUUGUCCCCUGACCAAAUUCUUAAGCUUAAGCAGCUCACUGUCCUCACCCUUGCUGAGUCUAACAAGGUAUUGCCCUAUGAUACACUAAUGGUCGAGUUAGAUGUUUCCAAUGUUCGCGAACUCGAGGACUUUCUUAUCAAUGAAUGCAUGUAUGCGGGUAUAGUUAGGGGAAAACUGGAUCAGUUAAAAAGAUGUUUUGAGGUUCCGUUUGCAGCUGGUAGGGAUCUAAGGCCAGGUCAACUAGGGAAUAUGUUACACACAUUGUCCAACUGGUUGAACACGUCAGAGAAUCUGCUCAUUUCAAUUCAAGACAAGAUCAAAUGGGCGGACAAUAUGAGUGAGAUGGACAAAAAACAUCGUAAGGAAGCAGAAGAAGGGGUGGAAGAAGUGAAGAAGUCUCUGUCCAUGAAGGUCAGUCGCGCUUGGAGUCCUAUUGGCUUCACUUUUCCCUACUAAGUAUAUUAUGUAACUAAUAUUGGUUACAUUCUUUCUUGGUUACUGUCUUGUGACCAUGAGUUAGAGUCCAGUCAGCUAUUCUGUCUUAUAUUUCUUCAGAGAAUUGUAGUGGGUUUCUUCUUAUUAAUAGCUUAGGUCUAUGUAAGCGGGGAUGGGAGAGACUUGAUAAAAAAAUCUUUCUAGGUCUUUGAGCUUUCCAAGUCCAGUCCUAUCAUAGAUUAAAAAGUUAUGUUUCUUAAUAACAAACGAAUCGAUCAGCCAACUGUGGCGGGCUUUUUUAACCGUUCUUUCGUGGAACAAGAAAUCUUACAUGUUGGAUGUAAACAUAUAUUAUGAAGUUUUCUUUAAUUAAAAACAAACAAGGAACGCAAUCACAACGGCUGUUAGUGAAGUGUUAAAGUCAUUAGAGGACAUGAAUUGUUUGGAAUGGUAGUACUUGGUUAUUGUCUGAUUGUUAAAUGAAAUGAAACAAGGUUCGUUUGGUUUUUUGUGUCUGAAAUAUGAUUGGGAAGGGUGGUGGUCGAUAUAGUCUUACUUACGUUGUGGGCAGGGGGAUGUUGACAUCAGAGGGAAUAAGGAGAUGUUUGGGGAACCAAGUGGAGUGAUGGACUACGAAGAAGAUGGGAUCCGACCAAAGAGGAGGAGGCAUCCUGUAACAAGGUAGAGGAGCAAGAGAGAGCAAAUGGUCAGUGCGGAUUGACAUUCCAUUUACCGAGAGUAGAUUAUGAUUAUUUGGUUGCGGAUUUUCAACUUGUAUAAGAUCCUCUGUUCUCUCUCACAAUAACCCCUUGUUAUGUUUGAUUUCCCUCAUUAGCAAAUUUGGUGUCUCUCUGCCCAUUAAAAGAAAAAUGGCUUUGAAUUU